AAAUAUGUUAAAAUUUCAUAUAUUUUGUCUAAUUGUUAUCACAUUAGUUGUGAUUCAAACAAUUGACGGGAUUAACAGUGAUUCCCAAUUAAGUGACAAUGAAGUACUAGAGUUGUCCAAAAAGUUCAAUGAAGUGGUCAGAAAAGUCAAUGAUAUACUCAAUGGACAGACAGCUAAAAAAGAUGUUUUAUUAAAACGGUCGCGAAAUAAAGGAAAUAAUAGACGUAAGGGUAGGGGUAGGGGUAGGGGUAGAGGUAGGGGUAGGGGUAGGGGUAGGGGUAAGGGUAGGCGAAAUGGUAGACGUAAUGGUAGGGGAAAUGGUAGACGAAAUGGUAGACGUAAUGGUAGACGAAAUGGUAGACGAAAUGGUAGACGAAAUGGUAGACGAAAUGGUUGAACUACUGGACCUAUUUCUGAUAUAAACUAUUUUUAAAAGUAAUAAAUAUAUAUUAAUAAA